GAGGGAGAGGAGGAUGGGGCUGGCAGGGAGAGCCGCCCGCACCGGUGUCACGUACAGCCCCGCACAGGCUGCGCCUCAGCUCUAGACGCGCAUCUGUGGUGUGAGCAGAGUCGGUCAUUUGCAGGGGAAAAACUCAACACGCACUUCAAGAGCAAAUGAAUGACAGGCUUAAUUUAGUACAAUAAUGGCUACCCAAGAUAAUGAUUUGCCAUCAGAAAAUGUGCAAGACCUUGAGAAACCUCCGAAAGGCUGCUCCGAAGAUGAAGGGAACCAGGAGAGGAAUCUGACGGAAUCGCUGGUGGAGAUCAGCGAGAAGGCUUUUGACGAUGAACAUAAGUCCUCAGAGUGUUUCAUAAGGACUGGAUGGGAAGAAGCUGUGUGUGGGUGGGGUGCAGUUAGUGCCUCAGCCUGUCUGUACCCCCAGAAGAAAUCCAAGAAGCUGAAGCAAGGAGCCUCCCCAGACUGUCUUCUGUGCCUGGAUACGUACGUUCUGCCAGAAAGUAAAAACCAGUCUCCAGAAACAAAAUGUACAAGACACAGUGACAAGCAGGGGAAACCAGUGACCGAGCGGAGCCACGCCGAGACUCAUUUACCUCCUGCAGGUGAGGACUUGGACGCUGAGGUUACAGAUCACUGCCCUUACAUCACUGCCACGGUUUCCAGAACACAAGCCUGUUGUGACAACGAUUCCCCUGCACAGGUGUCUAUUAGCGAACAAAGGGAGAGGAAUUCACAGAGCUGCUCCUCUCGGCUCAUUGCUAGAGCCAUUCCAAUAUGUACUAACUCUUACAACACAAAGGAGUCCCAGCCCUUCACCUCACCCGUGUCACUGCCACCGCUUAAAGCACCCGCUGCAAACGGAUUUACGGAACAGCUGAUGAGAAGAAGAGCGUUUCUGAUUCAGCAGCUUGAUAAGAUUCCUUCUGCUCAAGUUAUCAACAACACAGACAUAAGGGCGGACAGGAGACUGGUGAACAUUAGAAGUGAACUUCCAAAGGAGAAGUUAAAAGUACCAGAAAGUCUGUCCUUUAUCACAUCUUGUAUGCCAAGAGCACACUUGGAGAACGCUGAACGUUUCCAGUGGCAGAGCUCGUUUCUAGGCCAGAAAUCCAACUCUGCAAAACAGAGCAGCAGCCCGGCCAGCGUAGGCUUCCUCCACACUAGAACAAUGCAGAGCCAGCGCAACGUCCAGCAGGAUCUCAGACCUAGCAAUGACCUGAAAUAUAGAAGCCCAAAAUCAGCCACCUCCCCACUCAUGAGGAACACAAUAUUGCCUUCACUCACUGUCAAGAGGGUGGAAAUACCAGUGAAAGUGAAAUUGUGCUAAACCAUCCAUCCCUCAAUAGAUGUGUCCUACACUGCAGAACCAACGUCUAUGGUUAUGUCAUCAGCUACCUCCUAUUGUUAUAUUAUGUAUAAUAACACUGUGCCAAUAAACCCAAUAUUCUAA